CUCCUCUCUAUAGCUAAGCUUUGUGUUCAUUGAUUGAUUCAUAAUGUUCAUCAAAUUGGUAAACUGGAAGAAGAAGGCGGACGAAUUAAUGUUCCACACUUUGAUACGUGUUCAUCCACAAGUAAUACAGCAACACCCCGCAAGAGCCAUGAGAGGAAUAAGGCUAAUCAACUGGUUUAUUCUUCUCUUUGGUGUCAUCUCCGUCAUCCUUCUUUUCUACUGCUUCUUCACCUCUGCAGUGAAAUUGUUGGGAAUUAGCACUGGAAGUGGAAAUAGAAACAUCACUGUUUACAACAUGAAUCAUUGGUGGACCGAAAAUAGAAAAAUGGCUACUUCCAACAACGAUCAAUGGACUGAAAACAACACCAAUUAUUUUGAUCUUUCAAUCUUAGCAUCAGAGACGACAGCGAAUGUCAAAACUCCACUGCAUAAUACUAAUGGAAUAACAAUCGAUCCGAUUGAGCAUGUGAAUGAAACUGAUCAAGUUCCCGUUGUCUCUUUAGCAUCAACAGACAUAACAAGUGGAUAUCUCACUCGUCCGAAAGUCAAUUGUGCCUUAAAAUUUGGCACGACUGAUGAGACCACGUGUCAUCCAUCACUGGUUCUGAUGCCGGAACAGCAGCUAACAAAUAAUCUUGAUGCAUCUUCGCCGAUUGGGGUUGACAAUGAAGCUAGCUGCUUGGCAUUCGAUGUGGUUCAAGAAAUGAACACUGAAAUUGAGCAAAAUUGA